AUGACAGAUUUUUUGUCCAAGACCAAGGAGAUUCAACACAAAAUAGAUUCGGUCACCACGAUCACUGAAUUGUAUCCUCUCAGGUUACAGAUCAAUGAUCUCUUUCAACAUCAGGGCUCUUACCUUCAAUACGACCAAAAGUUGUACAAAGAAGCUUCUGAUUUGCUGAUCAAUGAACUUUUGCAGAAGAAAAAGCUCCUAUCAAAACAGGGCAAAUUCAGGUUUAGUAAUCGUCAGCUUUUGCAUCGUUUGUGCCAAAAACAGGCUCCACGAUCCAGAUCGACCCUUAAAGAUUCUACAAACACGAUCCAGUCCCAUGUCAGCCCCAUACGGACGUAUCAAUGUAUCAAAAUUGUUUCCGAAACUUCGAUAACUGAGCAACGUCUGGAUCAUGUGGUUUUAAAAGUGGUCGCUCCCUCCACACACAUCUCCAACAUCUCAAACUGUAUCCUCUUCCUAAACAUCAAGGGCCCUAUCUACAUGUCCAGUGUAAAAAACUGUUUCAUAAUUUCAAACUCAUAUCAACUUAGACUUCAUAAAGUCACCAACUCAGUCAUCGACGCUUGUAUUGCCAAAGACGACAAGAGAAUAACGAUAGAGAAUUGUUCUAAACUACUGGUGAAUCCCUGUGUACAAGUGGAUGACUUCAAUUGGCCAAACAGCUCACAGAGUCCAAACUUCAAAUUCAAAAUAGUCCCAUCCCCCCUUGAAUGCAAUUUCAAAGAAGGGCCCAUAAGAGAUGGCCUAAUAGUAAUUGAUAGGCUACGAGAUGAGGCAUUCUAA